GGGCUCGAAGGUCUCGCGAGGGUUGGGCGCUGCGGCGGUAGGAGGAGGACGGGAAGGACGGCACCGAGCCACGGUCCCUUCCCUCACUCACUCCCUCGCGCACUCGCCCGCCCCCUCCCUCCCUCCCCUCCCUUCCCCGGCCCCGGCUCAGGCCCCGGCCCAUUCGCUGUUUGGUCCGCUGCUAGGGAGGAUGUCGGGCUCCUCGCUCCCCAGCGCCCUGGCCCUCUCGCUGUUGCUGGUUUCUGGCUCCCUCCUCCCAGGGCCUGGCGCCGCUCAGAACGCUGGGUUUGUCAAGUCGCCCAUGUCAGAAACUAAGCUCACGGGGGACGCCUUUGAGCUGUACUGUGACGUGGUCGGGAGCCCCACGCCAGAGAUCCAGUGGUGGUACGCAGAAGUCAACCGGGCAGAGUCUUUCAGACAGCUGUGGGACGGUGCUCGGAAGCGCCGUGUCACCGUAAACACCGCCUACGGGUCAAACGGCGUGAGUGUGCUGAGAAUUACCCGGCUCACCUUGGAGGACUCUGGGACUUACGAGUGCAGGGCCAGCAACGACCCCAAGAGGAAUGACUUGAGGCAAAACCCCUCCAUAACAUGGAUUCGAGCCCAGGCCACCAUAAGCGUCCUUCAGAAGCCAAGGAUUGUCACCAGUGAAGAGGUCAUUAUUCGAGAAAACAUCGUCCUUCCCAUUGUCCUGCAGUGUAACCUCACCUCCAGCUCUCACACACUUACUUACAGCUACUGGACAAAGAAUGGGGUAGAGCUGCCAGCCACUCUUAAGAAUGCCAGCAACAUGGAAUACAGGAUCACUAAGCCGAGAGCUGAUGAUUCAGGCGAAUACCACUGCGUCUAUUACUUUGGAAGUGGUACGAAAGCAAAUGCCACCAUUGAAGUCAAAGCUGCUCCUGACAUCACUGGCCAUAAACGGAGCGAGAACAAGAAUGAAGGGCAGGAUGCCACGAUGUACUGCAAGUCGGUUGGUUACCCCCACCCAGAGUGGGUAUGGCAGAAGAAGGAGAACGGGAUCCCUCAGGAAAUUAACAAUACCACUGGCCGCUUCUUCGUCAUCAACAAGGAAAAUUACACCGAGUUGAACAUCGUGAACCUCCAGAUCACAGAAGACCCUGGCGAGUAUCAGUGUAAUGCCACCAACUCUAUCGGCUCUAUGUCCGUCAUCACCAUCCUCAGGGUACGGAGCCACCUGGCCCCUCUCUGGCCUUUCCUGGGAAUUCUGGCUGAAAUCAUCAUCCUCGUGGUGAUCAUUGUGGUGUAUGAGAAGAGGAAGAGGCCAGAUGAGGUUCCUGACGAUGAUGAACCAGCUGGGCCAAUGAAAACCAACUCCACCAACAAUCACAAAGAUAAAAACUUGCGCCAGAGAAACACAAAUUAAGUACUGCUUCUAAUAUCUUUAGGUUCCUGAAACUGGUGGCAACAUGACCUGCUAAAUUUUCUGCUUGGACCUCUUUGGUUCUAGAACUCCAUUUUCUCCCCUUUCAAGUGCGCAGCACCACGACUGUCUAAGCAUGCCUUAUUUAGCCUCUCCACUAAGGAUGACUCGCCAGACACAUUUUAAACAAUGCUUCAGUGUAGAAGGUGUAAACUAUUUUGGGCUUGAUGUGCUGUGAAUGUUGCUUUUUUCCCCUCUUUGUUAAAAUACUUAAAUAGAAGUGAAAAGGUCCUCUGAGGAUCAGAUCAUGCAUGCGCCAUUUUUUACUGACUGCAGCUGUUAAAUUGGCAAAGCUCUAAAAUGCACUGCUGCCAUCUAGUGAUACAUUUUUGUAAAGUACAGCAAAACCUACAGAUAUAUACAGUAUAUAAAUAUAUAUAUAUAUAUUUAUAUUUUUGGGGGUGGGAGAAAUCCAAAAAUAAAGUAAAUGCUUGUUUCAUUUUUAAGCUGCUGAUAUUCACUCCUUUAUUGUAUGUUGUCAGAUGAGGAAAUUGUGCAGUUCCAAUAAAAAUGAGUAAUAUAAACUGAAAUUAUAAUUUUAAGGGCUUAACCUACGACUUUCUUAAGAAGCUGGUACAGUCCAUUGAAUGAAUAUAAUGAACUACAGUAUAUAUGUAUGAUUGCUUUUUAAGUGAUUAUUUUUUUUCCUGUUAAAUCAUGUACAUUCUAAAUCCUUUUGCACUGAUGUGUUCAACCUCAUUCUUGUAUAUUCAAUUAAGGCAAACUUUUAUAAUUUACCCUUUGUUUUCAAUGACCUUGAAAUGUUACAGCAUGGUGAUAUUCUAUGCAACUAGUUAUACUUUUUUGGUUUGACACUGUAUUUUUUUUUCCACAUUGAUUUGAUGGUUGAUUGUAGAUUUUAUAACCUAAUAGGGUUCUCAAGAAAUAUGUAACUUUAGAUGCAUGUACUUGUGUUUUGUGUAACUGUUGAAGUGCAAUGAUGUAUAAAAAAAGGUGAAUUUACCUGUUUUUAAAAAUAAAACAUUGAUAAAAGGUGUUUGGAAUAAUA